GGGGCCUGUACUGGGACGACCUGGAAUUUUUUUCUUUCCUGCAAGGCUGCAUGGUCAGUGCUGCUGCUGCUGCUGCAUGCGCUGGAAGUGCGGCUGUUGCAGACGUGCAGUCGUUGUGCGUGAGAGAUAACGCACCUCUCUGGUUCUGCUUUUCGAGCCGGGCCCGGUCAGGCUCUGAAACGCUGGGAGCGGUGCCAGAUAUUAGGACUAAAAUAAUUGCUGGCGCGCAUAUCUGCUGUGCGCUGCAGCAGCGGAUUUGUGAACACCUCUAGAAUUAUUUUGGCUGUUGACUGGCCAAGAGGGAGGCCGCAGCUAGCGUGCGCUCUCCACUUUUGUAGCACGCUAUGGCGUCCAGGACGAAUAGUACGGUGAGCGAGGACGGGAAGUCUCGGGAUGGCGUUCCAGCGUUCGCCCGUGGUCGUCGGGGCGCAGUCAAGAAGAAGAAUGUCGUCAAUGUUCGCGACCAUGAGUUCGAACCUCGUUUCUUCAAGCAGCCCACUUUCUGCGCCCACUGCAAAGAAUUUAUUUGGGGUUUUGGCCGGCAGGGAUUCAGUUGCAGAAUUUGUCAGUUUGCAGUACAUCGCCGCUGCCAUGAGUACGUCAGUUUCAUCUGCCCUGGUGCAGAGAAAGAGGAUGAGGGUGCAUCAUCUCCCCACAAGUUUAAGGUGGCCACGUACAGCCAACCAACGUUCUGCGAUCACUGCGGCUCCAUGCUCUAUGGACUUGUCAAGCAAGGUCUCAAGUGCUCAGCGUGUGAAAUGAAUGUUCACAAGCGCUGUCAGAAGCUAGUACCGCAGUUGUGUGGCUGUGAUCAUACCGAGAAACGUGGUCGCCUUUGCUUGUGGUUGAAGGUGGUGGACACUACGCCCAUACUCAAGAGCCUCACCGUUGUGGUUCGUGAAGCAAAGAACUUACCGCCGAUGGAUGCUAAUGGCUUGGCUGACCCGUACGUGAAGCUGACGUUGUCUAAUGAUCCAAACAAGUCAACCAAACAGAAGACAGGGACGGUGAUGAAGACCUUGAAUCCAACCUGGAAUGAGACGUUCAUUUAUCCGUUAUCACCGAACGACUUGAAGCGAAGCUUGGUCAUUGAAGUCUGGGAUUGGGAUCGCACAACCCGCAAUGACUUCGUAGGCAAAAUGACAUUCGCAAUAGAGGACAUUGCAGCUCUGAAGCCGACGCAGCCGGACGGUUUUCACGAGUGCUGGUACAAGCUGCUAAACGAGAGCGAGGGCAGCGCCUACAACAUGCCUAUCGUGGAAGGACCUCUGGACGUUCGGAUGGGCUCACGACGGAGUUCAGCCGCGGUUUCACCUUCGAGCGACCCUGAACGAUCGCUUGCAGAGGUGAGCUCGCUGACCAUAAACGACCAGGGAGACAUCAAGGGACGAAAACCGAAGCUCUCCGACUUCCAGUGGUUGAAGGUGCUCGGCAAGGGUAGCUUUGGAAAGGUGAUGCUAGCACAGCUGAAGGGCACCGACCAAUGCUUUGCCAUCAAGGUGCUCAAGAAAGAUGUCAUUGUCCAGGACGACGACGUCGAGUGUACCAUGAUUGAGAAGAGAGUGCUGGCGCUGCAGGGGAAACCCCCUUUCCUCACGGCACUCCACUCGACUUUCCAGACCCAGGAUCGACUGUUCUUCGUGAUGGAAUUUGUCAAUGGUGGUGACUUGAUGUACCACAUCCAACAGCAUGGCAGAUUCAAGGAACCGACGGCAAUGUUCUACUCAGCAGAGAUUGUACUAGGUCUGUUGUUUUUACACAAGCGAGGUGUCAUCUAUCGAGAUCUGAAGUUAGACAAUGUGAUGCUGGAUGCAGAAGGUCACAUCAAGAUUGCAGACUUUGGUAUGUGCAAGGAGGGCAUCUACGCUAACGUGCAGACCCGUACGUUCUGCGGAACUCCUGACUAUAUCGCACCGGAGAUCGUAGCGUAUCAGCCGUACAACGGCUCUGUUGACUGGUGGGCGCUUGGUGUUCUUGUUUUUGAAAUGGUGUCAGGGCAGCCUCCCUUCGAUGGUGAAGAUGAGGACGAACUCUUCAGCUCGAUUCUUGGAGACGAGGUUCAUUUUGGAAAAUCACUGUCGAAGGAAGUUUGUUCCCUGUGCAUGGGUUUCCUUGCCAAGCACCCGGCACGUCGUCUGGGAUGUGGUCCAGAAGGCGAACAGGACAUCAAGAACCAUCCGUUCUACAAAACGCUAGACUGGGGACGGCUGGAAUCGCGACAACUCCCGCCUCCGUUCAAACCCAAAGUGAAAUCAAAAAACGCUGCCAAUAACUUUGAUAAGGAGUUCACGGAAGAGCAUCCCAAGCUGACACCGUGCGACCGAACUGUCAUCGCUGCCAUCAAGGACGACGUGUUCCAGGGCUUCUCCUACGUGAAUGCUGACUCUUCUAUUAGUCCAUGAUGUCAUCCAACAUGUGUCCAUGAUGUCAUCUAACACAUGUCCAUGAUGUCAUCUAACAUGUGUCCAUGACGUCAUUGAACCUGUGCUCACGAUGUCAUCAUUCAUCCUUAUUUCUUGUAUCAGCCAUAUUGCAUGGAUGGUCUGGGCUAUGUUGUAAAGUGGUAAAAAGAGACCACAGGAUUGUCUAUCCCCCGUCCCUAUCUCCCCUGUUCCCUUGUCAAUAUUCCUUUACCACUGACUGCCUAUGGAGUACGCUGCAGUCCGGAAUUAGUACCGUCCAUGUGAGCCGCCGCGCACCUGGUCUGGCGAUUUGACAGUUAUCACCGUGCUGUGCACCUUCCGUGUAUCCCCCAGCUCCUCGUGUGCGCACACACGCAUGCACGCACACCCACACACACGCACACACACAUACACGCACACACACACAUACACACACAAACACACACACACACCACACACAGGCACAGAUCAGCCAUGAAUGACAUCGAAUGCAAUGGACCUUCGUCCAUUGCGUUUUGAUCGGGUAGGCCCUAUAUGAAACGUUACUCGAUGCUCGCUUUGGGUACAUUCGCGUACACAAAACAACAGCACGAAUUCCUUGUAUUUUUUAGGAUUUAUACAUCAUUUGCGCAACUUACCGUUUACUGCUUAGUGGAGCAGUGUUUUUGCUUCCUUUACCAUCUUGCUUGUGAAAAUCCCCAUCCCACUACUACCACUACUACUAUGACAGUACCUGUUGAUUGAAAGUAUUAUAUCCUCACUUUCUUUUGUUUUUCCCCCUGUAAAUCCUCUUCCAAUGUUGUGCAGAAAAAGAUCACCUACUAGUACUACUGGAGACGAUCAGAAUCAGAGAUUUUUUUAUUGCCUUCUUGGUUUGUGCUGAGUGUAAUUAUAUUUUUUCCGUAUUUUUAUUGUUUCUUGUAACGUUAGUUGGUGUGAUGAGUUUAAUAACUAGUUCAUUUGCUUGUUUUGUUUUGUUGUUUGUUCUCGUGCGACUUCCAGCCACUGAA